CUGCCGCGGGUUAUAAGUUUAGCUCUCUGGAUACCCUAAGGUUGCCCUUUUGAAUCCUAGAAGCCCUAGGUCCUAUAGUACUGGCUGGCCAGAGAUAUGCCUGGACAGGGCCUUAGGACGGGUACCUGGUCUGGGAUAAAUAUUCCAGCUCAUCAUCUCUCACAUUUCAGAGAAGUCGUUACGACGAUACAGGGAUAUACGAUACGACGGCAAGAUUCCAAAUGCGUAUUCAACGCUUGCUUGGCUAUUUUCUUCUUCUUUCCCAUGUCUAUCUCUAUCCUUCACUUCUCCUUGUUCUUUUCGUUUCCAACCUCUCCUAUUCGAUUCCAUAGCUCUUUACAAAAGCUAACAAAUAAGCAAAGAGGAAGAAACAAAAAAAUAAUUAAACAAAUGCAAAACAAGAUGCUAAAAGCUUUGGAUGCCAAACCACUUAGACCGGAGGACUCUCUCAGGUGAUGAUGCCCGCUUGUCGUGACACAAAGAAGGAAAUUUUGAAAAAAAAGUUCAAACGAAGAGAAGAGA